AAAAAAAAAAUAUAUAUAUUUAUAUAUAUUUUUAUUUUUACAUAUAUUUAUUUAUGUAUAUAUUUUUUAUUAAUAAAUUAAAAUUUUUAUUAUAUAAUCAUUCUAAUUUUCUAUUUAAUUUAUUUAUCUUUAAAUUAAUUUACUUUUUAUAUAUUAUAUAUCAUAUUUUUCAUUUUUUAUUAUCUUUUUUAUUUAUUUUAAUUUCCUAUAAUAUUAUGUUUUU